GUGGGGAAAUCACUAGGACCUACCAAGUUGUGUUAGGCUUUCUAUCAAUAAUAAACAGUACACAUAUCAGGUUGAGUUAGGUUUUCAUCAACAGUGUACAGAAUGAUGACUAUUCUACAGUAUUUACAUCUUUUUCCUUCUGUUUAAUUUAAUUUUAUGUAUUAUUAUUGUGCAAUGUAGUGUAUUACUUAGUCAGUAAUUAUGAUAUGAUGUUAAUAUACUAAUUAUCCAUUGACUUCUGUACUGCUAAGUGAUAAAAAAAAACAAUAAAAUGGAAACAACAACUUCAGAACCGAUGGAAGAUAGUCCUGAGAAGAUUCAAAUCAGCCCCCCUGUGCAAGUAGUGAGAGUACCGGUGAAGCACGCGAAUCUUGGAAUACGGAGUCAUGCCAUGGAUAUGAGUACCAUGGUAGAGCUCACUUCCUUUAGUACACUAGGCAAGAUACAGCCCUUUUUAGUCACAAUAACAACUACUGCAGCGCUGCUAGUAGAUUUACAUUGUCAUUUAACAGACAAAGAAGUCUGUGGCUACCUAGGUGGACAUUGGGACAUUAAUUCACACAAUUUGUCCAUAACAACUGCCUUUCCAUGUCGUUACUCUGGCAAAGACAAAUCAGCUGCAGCAGCUGUUGAGUCUGAAAUUGCCAGAGCUAUGGAAUGGAAGAGAGUUACCCUGGUUGGAUGGUACCAUUCUCACCCCAGGUCCCAUGCUUCCCCUUCAUUAAGAGAUGUCGAUUCUCAAUUAGACUAUCAGAUCAAAAUGAAGGGGCCCAGUGACAAUGGAUACACCCCGUGUGUUGGAUUAAUAUGCUCUCCCUAUAAUACAGAUGGAAGCUGCUAUGAGUCCAACUUCAAUGUAUUCUGGUCUCUACCACCCCCUGAAAAUCGACCCCAUGAGUACCCAAGACCAAUGCUGUUGAGUUACACCCUGUCACAAGAGCAUUUUCUUUCUCAGGACACAUUGGAAGAAAUCAGGAGAUGUAUAGAGUAUUAUAGAAGCGAAGGGGGCAUCGAUUUUACUGCCAACUUCAACAACAAUACCACCUAUCUCGAACGUUUAAGAUGUUCGCUCGCGUCCAAAUUACCGGGACGAAACCGAUCGAACGGUUCCUACUGGGACGUAAUCAGAGAAAUGAUUUGUCCCGGUUCCGAGGACGGAACAUCGCCAGAAUUCCUUGCUGUGAAAUUCCCGUUAGUACCAGUUUCAGAACCGCUAGUUCCUUCAGUUCCGCCGGGGGUUGGGCUCGCCCCCAACAACGCAGCUGUCUUCCUUACUCCCGUGAACUUUAAACCCGAUAGUGCCAUAAUCACUCCCACGUCAAAGCCUUUUGUAAUGCAGCCAUCCACAUCUAGAGAUAGUAUUAAAAAAGACAAUAUUCUAGCUACAGAUUCUGCGUCGAUCACGCAAAUAAAGGAUGGUAACGCGACGUCUUCGAAACAGCACAUAUCGCCCACAGAAGUGAUGCCGAGCUUUCAGUCCGGGGAGCUAACAGUUUCGGUAAAAAAUACUAAAUGCGAUUACGAUUAUCCGACGUCCGAUUUCGCGAAAUUGCCGAAUCCACUUGGUGCGGAUAACGGUGUGAAUAAAUCGCGAUUAACGGCGACGCCUGAUUUUCCCUUGGCUGACAUAACGCAGCAGAUCUCCAAGUUCUCGGACUUGUCGAAGCUAGCUAACUUUUCCACUGCGGACCUAGCGAAGCUCUCAGGAUUUUCUAUCGCGGAUUUCACGAGGACAUCGUCCCCAUCUCCAUCCACUUACAUACGAAACAUUGCCAAUUUGUUCGGUCCACUUGGUAAAAUAUCCCCUGCAAGGGACAUCGAAGGCAACGAACGCAAAGCGACUGAUUUCGCGAUGGUGGACUCCAUCCAGUCGCCGUUUAAGGCGACUUCCGGUUCCUCCGAGUCUUGCAGGAACUUUCCCGAAGAUUACUCGACCGAUCGGAAAAAGAUGGACUUGCAGAACGACAAUUCAAAGCUGAAUAGAUCUAAUGAGUAUCAGGGAACCGAAGAUCUGUCAAUUUCCAGUGUUAAGUCCGAUUUUGGGGGUAUGCUGGACAUGACAACGUUGCACAAGAAGCAACAGUCCGGCGACAUGGGUGAUUCGUUGAACUUAUGCAAGGACCGCCAGUAAAUUCGUCAUUCUAAUCAGUAUUUUGCAAUUGUGAUUAUUUCUGUAUGUUUGUAUGUUCUAUUGUACGUCUGAAAUUAACUAGCUGUAUGUAUAUAAACGUAAGGAAUUCGGAAGCUUACGUUUACAAACCCGUGCAACGUUUCUACGCGAAUUAAGUUAUUCUUUUGUAACUCUGAAAGAGUUCAAGCUGAUCAUUUUGACGCAUAUACCGUACUUAAUAAAGAGACAUUUUUUAAUUAA